GGGCCGGGGGUCCCGGCGGCGUUGGCAGCAGCAGCAGCAGCAGCAGCAGCAGCAUGUCGGGCCAGUCCCUCACCGACCGGAUCACCGCCGCCCAGCACAGCGUCACCGGCUCGGCCGUGGCCAAGGCCGUCUGCAAGGCCACCACCCACGAAGUCAUGGGCCCCAAGAAGAAGCACCUCGACUACCUAAUACAGUGCACAAAUGAAAUGAAUGUGAAUAUUCCACAGCUGGCAGAUACCCUCUUUGAGAGGACCGCCAAUAGUAGUUGGGUCGUAGUAUUCAAGGCUCUAAUUACAACACACCACCUCAUGAUGUAUGGAAAUGAGCGAUUUAUCCAGUAUCUUGCAUCCCGAAAUACUUUGUUCAAUUUAAACAACUACCUGGAUAAAAGUGCCAUGCAGGGUUAUGAUAUGUCUACCUUUAUCAGGCGAUACAGCAGAUACUUGAACGAAAAAGCACUUUCAUAUAGGCUGGUAGCAGUUGACUUUACCAAAAUGAAACGAGGGAUAGAUGGAGUGAUGAGAACUAUGAAUACCGAAAAACUGCUGAAAACACUUCCAAUUAUACAGAACCAGCUCGAUGCUCUUCUCGAUUUUGAUGCAAAUCCAAAUGAACUGACCAACGGGGUAAUAAAUGCAGCCUUCAUGCUUCUCUUUAAGGAUUCCAUUAGGCUGUUUGCAGCUUAUAACGAGGGGAUUAUUAACCUGUUAGAAAAGUACUUUGAUAUGAAGAAGAACCAGUGCAGGGAAGGAUUGGAUAUUUAUAAAAAGUUCCUAGCAAGAAUGACUAAAUUGUCCGAAUUCCUGAAAGUUGCAGAGCAAGUUGGAAUUGAUCAGGGUGACAUUCCAGAUCUAACUCAGGCACCGAGCAGCCUGCUUGAAGCAUUGGAACAACAUUUGGCCUCUCUGGAAGGGAAGAAAACAAAAGAAGUGUCAGCCGCCAGCAGGGCUAGCACCUUAUCAAGCGCCGUGUCCACCCUCGCCAACACAGGAAUGUCUUUUACCCGAAUGGAUGAGAAGGAGAAACAACAAGCAUUAGAAGAAGAACAGGCUAGACUGCAAGCACUUAAGGAGCAGCGAUUAAGAGAGAUUUCAGUGGUCUCGAAUUCUGCUUCCACAACCGAGUCUCCAAGCGCUUUAUCGGGAAAAAGCAUCCAUGUCACCGCAGCCCCGGCACCCACAACCAAUAGUAUGCCCAAUCUCUCUAGCGAUCUCUUUGACCUUCAGCCUGCAUUCGUUCCAACUGUCCAGAGCACCCCAGCUAUCGCCACCUCCGUAGGCAGUGCCUGGGGGACAGGUCCUUUCUCAUCAUCCAAUGGAUGUGUUGGUUCUCCUCCACAUCUGGACAUCUUCGACAUGGAGCCGGUCGAAGAAGCCGUAAAAUCCACCUCCCCUCUCGUCACUUCUACCUUUUCCUCCAAACAAACAGUGGAACUGUUUAGUGAUGACUUUAGUGCUCCUACGGCUGCCUACGCUUCCGUGUACCCCGCCGUGACAUCUGACGGAUUCCCCCUCCGGUCAACCCCGCAGAAUCCUGCCGCUUCAGCCAUCAACGUGGAUUUCGACGCCGUGUUCGGAGCCAAGUCGGUUGCGCCGGAAUACGGGACCGCCAGCGAUGACGUGCUCCAACCCACAGCGGCCGCACGAGUCCAGCGAGCUGCUGGCCAGCCCGGUGGGAAAAUUUUAGCCAACGACCUCGAUUCUUCUCUGGCUAACCUGGUGGGAAAUCUUGGAUUUGGAGGAACCCCCUCGAAAAAGUCGGAUAUGCAGUGGAAUCAGCCUUCAGAGAAGAAACUGACCGGGGGAAUGAACUGGCAGGCGAAGACGAGCACGUCCACCACCACUUGGACCCCCGCCCCCAUCCCUCCCGCUCCACAUAUGGUGCCUGCCCCGGCGACCUACCCGAUGACUACACCCCAAGUGCCUGUGUAUGGAAUGGUGCCACCUCAGCUCGGAGCCGCGCCGCUGAUGGCUCCGCAGCCUGUGAUUUACACGCAGCCGGGCCUGAGGCCCACCAACCCCUUCGCGCCCGUCUCCGGAACUCAGAUGCAGUUCAUGUAGCGCCUCCCGAGCGACAAGACACGGGAAUCACCAGACACCUGUUCCCGAGGAGACCUCUCCAGCCCCCCCGGGCCG